CUCCGCCUUCUCUUUGUGCCGUGCUCAUUGGCUGUAAGAACCCGGAGUCCUCCCUUCUCUGAUUGGUAGGGGGAAGGUGUGGGCGGUGUCCAACAAAGCAGCUGUCAUGGCGGAGCUGAGCGAAGCGCUACUCUCUGUGCUGCCAUCUAUCCGGGUGCCCAAGGCCGGGGACCGCGUCCAUAAGGAUGAAUGCGCUUUCUCCUUUGAUACUCCGGAAUCUGAAGGAGGCUUGUAUAUUUGCAUGAACACAUUCCUGGGCUUUGGAAAGCAAUAUGUGAAGAAACAUUAUGAGAAAACAGGCCAGCGGGUCUAUCUGCAUCUGAAGAAGACACGCAAAUUGAAAGAGGAAGAUACCAGUUCCAGUUCUGGAGACCCUCCUCGGAAGAAACCAACCCGUCUAGCAAUUGGUGUGGAAGGUGGGUUUGACAUCCCAGAGGAGAAAUACGAAUAUGAUGAGCAUGUCAAAAUAGUCAUUUUACCCGAGCAUUUGGAUAUUCCCCGAGAUGGACUGGAGAGCCUGCCAGACAUGGUCAAAGACAGGAUUUCCAGUGCAAUUGAAGCGCUUCUGACAGCAGAUUCUGCCUCACGGAAACAGGAGGUGCAGGCUUGGGAUGGGGAGGUUCGACGUGUGUCCAAACAUGCCUACUCACUGCAACAGCUCCAAAAUGGUGUGCGUAUCCCUCCUUGUGGCUGGAAGUGCACCAAGUGUGAUAUGCGGGAGAACCUAUGGCUGAACAUGACAGAUGGGUCCAUCUUGUGUGGCCGCCGCUACUUUGAUGGCAGUGGUGGCAACAACCACGCUGUGGAGCAUUACCGAGAGACGGGCUACCCCCUGGCUGUGAAGUUGGGAACUAUCACUCCUGAUGGAGCAGACGUCUACUCUUACGAUGAGGAUGACAUGGUUUUGGACCCCAACCUGGCCGAGCACCUUGCUCAUUUUGGGAUUGACAUGCUCAAAAUGCAGAAGACUGACAAGACAAUGACGGAGCUGGAGAUUGAUAUGAACCAGCGGAUUGGUGAGUGGGAGCUGAUCCAGGAGUCUGGAGUGCAGCUCAAGCCCCUCUACGGCCCUGGCUACACAGGUAUCCGUAACCUGGGAAACAGCUGCUACCUCAACUCGGUAGUGCAGGUGCUCUUCAGCAUACCAGACUUUCAGCGGAAGUAUGUAGACAAGAUAGAGAAAAUAUUUCAGAAUUCUCCUGCAGAUCCUACACAAGACUUCAGUACUCAAGUAGCCAAACUGGGCCAUGGGUUACUCUCUGGGGAAUAUUCAAAACCUGCCACUUCAGAUGGGGAACAGCAGUCGGAUCAGAAGGGCAUUCAAGAUGGUAUUGCACCACGGAUGUUCAAGUCACUUGUCGGCAAAGGUCAUCCAGAGUUUUCUACCAACCGGCAGCAAGAUGCACAAGAGUUCUUCCUACACUUCAUCAACAUGGUGGAGAGGAACUGCCGUAGUUCUGAAAAUCCAAACGAGGUCUUCCGGUUCUUGGUAGAGGAGAAGCUGAAGUGUUUGGCCACCGAGAAGGUGAAAUACACCCAACGCGUUGAUUACAUCAUGCAGCUGCCUGUGCCCAUGGAGGCAGCCCUGAACAAAGAUGAGUUGCUGGAAUAUGAAGAAAAGAAGCGACAGGCGGAAGAAGAGAAGCAGCCACUGCCUGAGCUGGUCCGUGCCAAGGUGCCUUUCAGCUCCUGCCUUGAGGCCUAUGGAGCUCCAGAACAAGUAGAUGAUUUCUGGAGCACAGCCUUGCAGGCCAAGUCUGUGGCACUCAAGACAACCCGGUUUGCCUCCUUCCCAGAUUAUCUAGUGAUCCAGAUCAAGAAAUUCACUUUUGGCCUAGAUUGGGUGCCCAAAAAGCUUGAUGUCUCCAUUGAAAUGCCAGAUGAGUUGGACAUCGCUGCACUUCGAGGGACAGGACUGCAGCCCGAGGAGGAAGAGAUGCCUGAUAUAGCACCCCCACUUGUGACACCAGAUGAGCCCAAAGGUAGCCUGGGUUUCUAUGGCAACGAGGACGACGACUCCUUCUGCUCCCCUCACUUCUCCUCUCCGACAUCCCCCAUGCUGGAUGAGUCUGUGGUAACUCAACUAGUGGAGAUGGGCUUUCCGAUGGAUGCCUGCCGCAAAGCUGUGUAUUACACGGGCAACAGUGGGGCCGAGGCUGCGAUGAACUGGGUCAUGUCACACAUGGAUGAUCCAGAUUUUGCAAAUCCUCUGGUUCUUCCAGGAUCCAGUGGACCAGGCUCCACUAUCACCUGUCCAGAUCCCCCAUCAGAAGACAGUGUGGCAACUAUAGUCUCCAUGGGUUUCUCCCGUGAUCAAGCUAUGAAAGCACUCAGAGCAACAAAUAACAGCCUUGAGCGGGCAGUGGACUGGAUCUUCAGUCAUAUUGAUGAUCUGGACGCAGAAGCUGCCAUGGACAUCUCUGAGGGCCGUUCAGCAGCCGAAUCCAUCUCCGAGUCUGUCCCCGUAGGGCCAAAAGUGCGCGAUGGACAUGGAAAAUACCAGCUUUUUGCCUUCAUCAGUCACAUGGGUACUUCCACUAUGUGUGGCCAUUAUGUCUGUCAUAUCAAGAAGGAUAACAGGUGGGUGAUCUAUAAUGAUCAGAAAGUCUGCGCCUCUGAGAAGCCUCCAAAGGAUCUUGGCUAUAUCUACUUCUACCAGAGGAUCCCGAGCUAGGACCCUUCCUUCUGGGUGUGGAGCAGGAUCCAGCUUAUGGCACGAGGAGGAGGGGGAAUGGCGGCAAUGAAUGGAAAGAAGAGGGCCAGCUCUCAACCCUUACGUGUCUAUGUGCCACUGCUGCAGCCCCAGAGGCGGGAUUCCUCCAUACGGAAGCUGUGGUCUGGUGCCCCUGUGGACACUGAUGGGCAGUGUGAGUGUGUGUAUGUGUGUGUGUGCACGCGUGUGUGGAUUUGUAUCUGUGUGUAAAAACAAGAAGAAAAAGUAUCUCACUGAUCCGGUCACCCUAGGAAACAUCCCAUGCACACUGUUUCUUCUUGAUGUAACUGUAACACUUUCUGGACAGCCUAGAAAUGGGUGGGGACAGGAGGGGAGCAUUCGGGUUUAUGUCACACGGUGUACCGUUCAGGGUGGGUUUCCUCCAUCUCCUUGGAAAUUGUGCAGGAAUUAUCUGGGUCCAUAAAGUAGCACCUGUUCUUCAUGUGCCCCUUAAAUGCCAAAAGAUACAGGAUCAAAUAAAAACCUUGUACCCCCUCCA